CUUUUGUAACCUUCAUUGUUGUCAAAAGGAAGAACACCCCAAUGGAAUUUAUCAGGAAGUGUAUAUGACACAUUUUAAACUAAAGCAAUGAGGGUUUAAAUGCAACACCAAAUAUUUCCUCAUUCUCUUCUCAUUUUCUCAUUCAAAAAGGAUCAAACAACAAUCAUUCUCUUCUUAACCUUCAUCACACAAAACACAUAGAUUUCACAAUUCAAAAAGCUACCAAUUAAUGGCACAAGCUUUCAUCAAAAUGCUUCUUCUUAUCACCAUUUUCUCAAUACAUAAAUCAGAUGGGCAAUUUGAUGAUUGGUGUGUAGCUGAUGAGCAAACCCCAGAUGAAGAUUUGCAAAGGGCAGUUGUUUGGGCAUGUGAAAAUGGUGCAGAUUGUAGCAAGAUUCAACCAAACCAGCCUUGUUUUCUGCCAAAUACAAUCAAGGAUCAUGCAUCUUUUGCAUUCAAUAGCUACUUUCAAAGGAUGAAAGCACAUGGAGCCACUUGCUAUUUCAAUGCAGCUGCUCUUGUCACUGAUCUUGAUCCAAGUCAUGGCUCUUGCAAGUUUGAAAUUCAUGGAUGAAGAUAAAGUGGCAUGAGAUGGCAAAAAUUUAUGUACCAGUUCGUUCGACAUAUUUACAAUUUAACACAACAUGAUUCAAUUCCAAGUUUACUCUUUUUUUUCUUUCAAAAAAUCAAUAU